AUAAUUAUUAAAUAUUUAAAUUGUUGCUAAUAAUAAAUAAUUAUUGCUCUGUAUGCUUCAGGGUCAUCCCAAAUACGAGUUCGCUUACCAAGUGACGGACCCUCACACACACGACAUCAAAUCCCAGCACGAGACGCGCGACGGUCACCUCGUGCAUGGCGAGUACAGCCUGCACCAGCCCGACGGCAGGGUCAGGACUGUCAAGUACCACGCCGACCACAAGACUGGAUUCAACGCUGACGUACACUACUCCGGUCACGCUCAACACAUCGUCCCUGAACACUCUCACCACCACUGAAUUUACUCGGACUGAUUGUUAUUAUGUUUGUUAAAGCUCCAGUUGAAUUCGUUUUAAGUCUGCAAUAAAUGUGAUUAAGAAUAUGUAAAA